UCAACUUGUUUUGAUUGAAUGUGCAAGGUAUUGCGACGCGAAUAGUUCUGUAAUGAUGCGUUCGACGAAAACUUCUCCAGCUCCAACCACAAUCGACGCACUUCCCAACGAGCAGAUAUUGUGCAGGAUUUUUCAAAAUCUAUUCUUUCGAGAUCGCAAGAAUGCAUCGCGAGUUUGUCACCGAUGGAACGAAAUUGCAAUGGAUCCCAGUGAUAUCGUAUUUCAUGUGCGGCUUUACGAUACCAAGAAUACUUACACUAUCAGUGAGAUCAUGAACUGCAAACGGCCUUACAAAUUCCUUCGGGUUUCGUACAAUAUGUUUCCAUCACGAAUAUUGAAUAAAUUCUCUAUUUUCGCGGAAACUUUGAGGAUUUCUUCCAUGAACGCAUACAUGGCAUCGGAAGAACCAAAUUUCUUGGGACAACUGUAUAGAUUGAAAAAUCUUAAGCGCAUAAUCUUAGACUGCACCUUUGUUCCCGACAACUUACAAACUACUAAACACACAUGCUGUAAUUUGCGAGAGUUGGUUGCUUACGAAGUCUCAUUUGCGAACUUCGUAAACUUCAACGAAUUCAUUGCUGCAGCACUCCCCAAACUCACCAAAUUGGUUUUUACAGAGUGCGACUUCGAUGUCCCGCUAAGUUUUUCGAACCUGCCAGCUUUAGAACAACUGGUGAUUGAAUGUGGGACCCCAUUCGACUGCACCGUGCUGAAAGACCUCGGAUCGCUUCGGAACCUUCGCGCUUUUAAACUUUGCUGCUCGCAGCUCGACGGGAUCGAGCAGAACUUCCAGCUGCAUCACAUUACGAAACUUGAUCUGACAGUUCGUGCGGAUGACUGUCAUCUGGUGCGAUUGGCGGAGAUAUUUCCAUCGCUGACCAGUUUGAAUGUGGCGGCUCGGGAAUAGAGCGUCCAAUUUCCCGUCCCGGGAAAAAAAUUCCCGGGAAUU